UUUGCAAAAACUUUUCUUCUACUUCUUGUUUUAUUGAAGAAAAAAAUAAAUUUUCCCCAGCCAUGGCAGUUGUAAUCGAAACAACUCUUGGCGAUAUAACAGUGGAUUUAUUUAUCGAAGAACGUCCCCGAGCAUGUUUAAACUUUAUAAAGCUCUGCAAGUUAAAAUACUACAAUUACAAUCUGUUCCAUACAAUCGAGCGGGAUUUUAUUGCCCAAACAGGUGACCCCACCGGUGCUGGAGAUGGUGGCGAAUCUGUAUGGGGUGUUGUCGAAGGUCCACAUAAACGUUUCUUUGAAGCCGAGUCAUUGCCAAAGAUAAAACAUACUGUCCCAGGACUUUUAUCGUUGGUCAGUGUGGGAAAGUUUAUGGUUGGGUCACAGUUUUUCUUUACUCUUGGUUCAGAUCUAACAUCAUUGGAUUCAGUUCAUUGUGUUAUUGGAGAGGUUGUUGAAGGACGAGAGAUUUUGAGGCAACUGAAUGAAGCAAUCGUUGAUGAAAAAUUCCGCCCUUACCAAGAUAUUCGUGUCACGCAUACUGUCAUUCUGGAUGAUCCCUUCAGCGAUCCACGAGGCUUUCAAGUUCCCAGUCGAUCUCCAUCACCGACUGCUGAACGCAUGCAAAAUGGACGAAUUGGUGCCGACGAGGAUAUUGAUGAUACUGCUGGCAAGACUACCGAAGAGAUUCAAGAAAUGCUUGCUGAACGAGAGGCUAAAGCUCGUGCAACUAUCCUAGAGAUUGUUGGUGAUCUGCCAGAUGCAGAUAUUGCUCCACCCGAGAAUGUUCUCUUCGUUUGCAAACUAAAUCCGGUUACGACCGAUGAUGAUCUGGAAAUCAUCUUUAGUCGAUUUGGGAAAGUUAAGAGUUGCGAGGUAAUUCGGGAUAAGGUCAGUGGAGAUUCACUGCAGUAUGCUUUUGUUGAAUUCGAAGAACAAAAAUCCUGCGAAGCAGCUUACUUCAAAAUGGACAAUGUUCUGAUUGAUGACCGUAGGAUUCAUGUGGACUUCUCUCAAUCGGUUUCGAAGGUUCAAUGGCGUGGCAAAGGUCGAGGAGUUGUUCAUAAAGAUGAGAAAGAUAGGAAACUGGAUUUCAAUGAUUUAAUAGGUGGCAAUAGGGGAGGAGAUAGGCGAAGGAAUCGAGAUCAAAGUCGUUCUCCGGUGAGGAGAGGGGAUAAUGGUUCACGUGGAGGACGUCGGAAUGAUUAUUCCGAGAAUCAAAAAAGAUCUUCAAAUAGAGGGAAUUCUCCUAAACCUAAAAGAAGAUUGGAGGAACAACGUCCAAGACGCAACAGUCGACAUCGUUCGCAAUCUCGAGAAAAAACUAUGACCAAGAGAAGGGAAUCUCCUCCUCAGGACAGACGCUUUGAGAGACAACGCUCUAAUUCCAGAGAUCGGUCUCCAGUUAGGAGAAGACGAGAUUCUCCUGCUACAAAGCGAAAUGAAUCUCCUCCUAAAGACAGACACACUGACAGACAACGCUCUUCUUCCAAAGAUCGAUCUUUAGUUAGAAGACGACGAGAUUCACCUGUUAGACAAUCAUCACCAAGAAAUAGGCGACAUUCCCCUCCUCAAAGGUCCAGACAGCGAUCGACAUCAGGAGAUAGAAAUAUUUCACGAAAACGUUCUCCAGAUGAAAGAGAUCGAAGAUCAUCGCCAGGAAAUGAAAGAAGACGAAUUCCUGAUAGUUCUACCUCAAGACGUCGAGAUUUUGAUGAUUUCUCAAGAUCUAGAGAACAACGACGGCAAUCUCCUUCGAGGAAUGGAAAUGGACGAGGAUAUGGCGAUGAAUCAAGGACAAAAGAGGUUCGUAGAGAUCAGCCGCCAGAAAGAGUAGAAAAAACAUCAAGAAUUGAAUCCAGUUCAAAGCAAAAACACUCAAAAUCCAAGAAAAGUCAUGAAAAAAGUAAAAAGAAGAGGAAGUCAGACACAAGUAGUUCUGAAUCAGAAUCUUCAUCAUCGGAGUCCGAAUCCUCCUCGUCCUCAAGUUCGGACGAAAAAAGAAAGAAAUCAAAGAAAUCUAAAAAAUCCAAGACCAAACAAAAAUCGAAAAAAGAAACGAAGAAGAAGUCAAAAAGACGUCGUGACUCUUCUAGCUCUAGUGACUAAACUAAACACUGGAGACAGUGUCCUUUUUAUCAUAACAAGUUCAUACAUUUUCUAAAUAAACAUUUUUGUCUAAACUA